CCACUUUGCUUUAAACUGUUGAAAUUUACCAAUGUACUUUCGCACUAAAUUCCUCGUGACCUUCCAAAAAGGACAACUUCCCUUAGAAUAAGCGCGACUCUGUAUGCCAAUUCCUCCCAAAAAUUUUUAAAAUCUUGUUGAAUAAAUAACCGCAAACUUUUACUUUUGAUAACACGAUUUCCUAUCAGAAAAAUAUCGCUGCAUUCAACAGGUGGAUCUCGUUUUCUACCCUAUUUUUCUCUGCAGCUUUUUGCAGUUCAAAAUUUCGCUACCCUUAUACGAGUGCGAGGACCAAGACGCCGCUACUGGCCAGUGACUCCUCCCUGGCGCCAAAUUCGCUUUUACAGACUUAUUGAGUGAUUAUAUACAUAGAUAUCUGCGCGUGAAAUCCAACUCGUAAGUUUUUAUUCAGUUUUUGACUUUGUGCAUCGAAUAGAUAAUACGAGUGCAAUUACAUAUCUGUCUAUUUUUGAAUAUUCACGUAAUUAAACAAAAAAGUAUUAUCUACGUGAAUUUAAUAAUAUAGCGAAUGUAUAUUCAUUCCUGAUCAGAAAGCAAAUACCGAAUAUUGAGAAACAUCGGUUUAUUGCCAAAGCCAUCUAUUUCAUUUGUCGAAGAAUUUAACAUGACGACAGUAGAAAAGUGUUUAUGUGGAUGUCCAUUACGAGAAGGCAGUUUCACUAUCGUUAAUCUUGAUUUAGUUUUAAAAAUUAUCCACAUGGUGUCUUUUUUUGGAGGUGAUAAUAGAGAUGCAAAUGGUAACAGGGUGGAACCUCCUAAUUUCAUUAUUAUAAUUUUAUUCCUGCUUUAUCCAAUUUUCGGAAUACUUGGUAUUAUAAAAAAAAAACCGCUGUUGGUUUGGAUUUACGUAGUUGCGUCAUGUGUUGUAUUUAUUUUAUUCGGAAUCGACAUUAUUAUCUUCAUGAUAAAAUCAUCUAGUUUUUUCAUUUAUGCGCAGACGGACUUGAUACUGGUGAAAAUCAUCCUCGUCGUAAGUUGGGUAUUCCAUGUGUAUUGCACGACGAUCGUCUACAGAUACAAUAACGAAUUGAAAAAUGAACUUACAAUUACAUCACAAGGAACAGCUCCAGUUAGUACUCAAUAAAUACUUAUUUCUUAUAUUCUUACUUCUUAUUCCAUUACAAAAACUAGUAGGUAUAAUGUGUAUUGUGUAUGUUAUAUGUACUUGAAUGUUUUUGUGUCAUAAGCCAACCGAUUCCAACUUUUCGAUAUACUGCGUGGUCAGAAAAAAAUGAUCACUGAUUCAAAAUACCUUUAUAAAAAUUACUUUUUUUGGGCAGUUGAAAUAACUCAAUUCUCAAAAAUUUAAUUUUCUUUGAAAUCUAAUUGUAAGUUGCACAACUCAAGGUGGCUCUAUUGUAGACCGUAAAAAUAAAAGAAAAAAUACUCUCUGGUCCUCUAAACAUUAGAAAUUCAGUUUUUAACAUCUGCGGAUUUUGAUUUUCAUCAUUUUUUUUGUAAACGGUUUCGUUCAGCUGCCAGUUCACAGCGUCUCGAAAGCUCCAUGCGUGACUCUUAGGCUAUAGCAAUAUUUUCAGCAAUUUUCGCAAAUGGUUGUGUACAAAUUUCACCCUAAUUUUGAACAAUUUCUCAUCAUGAAAAACAAUUCGUGAUAUUUUAUAUUAUUAACUUUUAUUCUAAAUAACUUUAAACAACUUUCUA